CUCUGUUGUUUCUCGCUUCUUUGGUUCUAGAUUCCUCAAAGAGGGUCUCCAGCCUGCCAGUUGCUCAGUGGGUGGGCUUUGACGACUCUCUUGAAAAACCUUCAUUGCAAACUGUUAUAAUCAACAAGAGAAAGAGAAGCAAGCACGGGAACUGGAACGAACCGAGUGAGAACCAACCCGACAUUCUGGAAAUGUCGACUCAUCAAUCCCAGCCCAGCAGCCCGCCCAAGAGGCCAAGGCUUUCCCUUCAGAUCAAGACCUUCAAUGGUUCGAGUGUCAGGACAUCCAGGACGCUGGCCGCCGCCGUGGACGUCAAGUCUCCUACAGCCUUCAACACACUGUCCAAUGUUUACGCCACCGCUGUGGAUAGGUCGACGCCAAUCCAGGAGCAUGCCCCGGCAACAGCGCUAUCGGGGGGGAGGCCGAUGCUGCGCCUCCAAACCCAGGCUGGCCAAGAUGGCGGAGCAGCAGCAGUAUCCAAGGACCGUCGACUACAAACUCCUUAUUUGGGCCCAUAUCUCGACACUCCCCUCACGGCGCAACCAAUGUCACCUGCCAUUGCAACAGCACAAAGCCAGAUGAUGUUUCCUAGUGCCAUGACGGCGACACCACCACUAUCCGCCCAGCCGCAAGACCAGAACGGCCCUCGCGUGUUUACCUUUGAGUCCAACAACAACAACAACAACAACAACAACAACAACAACAACAACAACAACAACAACAACAACAACAAUAACAACAACAUGGCGUCACUUAGCCUCAAUACUACCACCUCACAAGCAUCAGAGAUGCCUUCUUGUUCAGAAACGCCCAGGAGGCGAACCACCUUCCCAUCCAACGUCAAGCUCCCCUACACCCACCCGCGUUCCCUCCGCAGCAUCCUCCGCAACAGCCCCCUCGCGCCCCUGACCUGCCAAUCCCCCAACUCGUCCAGGCGCCAAUCGCUCCGGCUCCAGGAAAAGGCCGCUCGGCGGGUGGCUUACAACAGUCCGCUGUGCGAGACCAUCACCACGAGCAAGUACACCAAGUCGCACGUGGACCUGCUAGCCGAAGACUCCGGGACACCUACCACGCCCACGGCUAAAUCCGUCCCAUCAUCCUCAUCAUCAUCAUGCUCUUCAUCUUCAGACGGCGAAGAACUGCUAGACCAAACCAUGGCCUACACCGGCAACGAAACCCGCGACGGGGGCCAGACUCCGGGGCCCUAUGAGGAGAUGCGCAGGCGCAUGGCGGGCAUGCACGCGUCGACGCCCAUCUCGCUUUCGCCGACGAGUGGGGGGAUACGCAAGCAGCAGCGCGGCGGUGGUACCGGGAAAAAGAGGGAGAAGAAGCGGAGGUGGGUGUGGACGAUCGGGAAGGACGCCGAGGACGCGGAGCUGGAGGAGUGCGGGAGCCCGGUGGUGCCCUGGACGGCAGUGAGGCCGGAACUCUCGAACGCGGUAGUAGCCGAAAAAAAGGAAGCCAUGGUGGGCGUGCCGGUGUUGGCGGUGCCGAUGCCGCCGAAGGGGGGCAGGGCGAGGACGAGGGCGCAGACGCAGCAGGCGCAGUCUUGGGGUCAGGGGCAGGGGCAGGGACAAACUGUUGUUGCUGGGGUUGUUGCUGGGAACAAAGCUGCUGCGGCUGUGGCAUUGCAAAUACCCAGGUUGCCGGUGCCGGUACCGGGGCCGACUAGUACUAGGAGGCUAAGGCCUGCUUUGAGCUUGCCUUCCAUGUCUUUACCUGUUUUGCCUGCUGCGCCCGUGGCUACUGCUCCAGCACUGCCCGUGGUGCAACAACAACAACAGCAGCAACAGCAACAGCAAACACAAACACAACAACAAUCACCACCCCAGCAACAUAGUCAGCAACCUGAGCCCCUCCAGCAGCAGUCCCGCGCCACACUCACCCCCGAACCCACCCUCCCACACAUAGAACCCCAAACCCCCAGCAUGGAGUCCGUCACCAGCAUGACCAGCAUCAUGUCCCAAGCCGAGUCUUUGUUGUCCGAGGACUCCGUCUUCGACAGCUCGUCCGUCUACAACGGGGACGUGGAGAUGUCAGAUGCUAGCAGCGUUUAUGAUGACUCUGCUGGUGAUAACGAGUCUUCGUUUGGCGGUGCGGAUGGGGAAGAUGGGGACAGUAACAACGUCUACAGGAACUAUUUGAAGGUUAAUGGAAACAACUUUUCCUUCAAUGGGAGUAUUGGGAAUAGUAAAGGAGCAAGUGGUGAUCAGCCAUGUCACUCGUCGGAUAUGGAUACGGAUAUGGAUAUGGAUACGCCUACGGUUGGGGGGAGGCCGGGGUAUGCGGUGGAGAGGUUGGGGUUGGGGAUUUGUUAGUUGGAUAGACGGAGCAUGGAUGCGAUAUGGGUUUGGAUAUGGAUAUGCAUAUGGGAGGUUUAGCUACUGCUUACUUGGUUGUUAUUAUGUUUUGGGUUUAAGUGUAAAAGGGUAUGGAUAUGGUUAUGGUUAUGGACAUGGACAUGAACGUGUGAUGAUGGAUAUGAACUGGCUGGAUCAGAGAUGGAUCCCUUUUGGGGAUAUGAAGGCGUAAAUCAAACAAACCAUUUUCACAUACAUACACACAAAACCUCCGUCUCUUCAACAAUUAUGCCGUGAUUCCUUCUUC